AUGGCAGGAGGCAACGGCUGGGUGUUCCAAGAGAGACGGACAGAGAGGGAGAGGAGGUCGCAAGGACCGGAUCAGCAGCAUGAGAGAAAGCCGCGGCAGCUGCAGCAGCAGCAGCAGCAGCAGCAGCAGCAGCAGCAGCAUGGCCGCAGCAAGAACAGGCCAGCAGGAUUGCUGCCUGAGCAUGCCAGCAGCGGCAAACACGGGUCGGCGUCAGAGCCACAGACGUCGCUGGCAACGGCUGUACAUAUCCUUUCAUCAACACCCUUCCUCCCUCCGUCCUCCUCCAACUCCUCCAACUCCUCUUCCUCGCCCGCCUGUCCUGUGUGCCACUCCUUUCUGCUCAACGCAGCAGAGAACAACUUCAAGUCAUGGAAUCUCCCCCCGUGCUGCGUGCCGCACGUGGCUCGCUACGUCUCCUCCAGGGCCUACCAUGUCGACCAUUCUGCUGCUAUCGCUGCCGCUGCGGCAUUCUUCAAGGUGCCGCUAGUUGAUGGGCUCAGCCAUGAGGCGGGCGCGUGGGAGAGGUGGGGAGGUGGAGGAGAAGGUGGGAGAGGUGGGGAGGUGGGAGUGCGAGUGGGGAGUGUUUUGGGGAGGAAGGGUGGGGAGGGAAAAGCCGCAGGUGAAGCUGUCAGAGGGGAUGCGGAGGGUGAUUGGGUGUGGGGCAAGGGGCAAUCGGCGUCCAGGGGGGGUAGUAGGAGACUCAGCUGGGGAUCUAGCAGGCAGCAAUCACAGGAAGGCGGGAGCUGGAAUGGGAAGAUUAGGGGUGGUGAGGGGUGGGAGGAGGUACAGAGGCAGCAGCAGCAGCAGAAGCGGCAAGAGGCGGUGGUGUUUGACAUUGACGAGACGCUGCUCUCCAACCUGCCUUAUUUAGAAGCACAUGGAUAUGGGUCGGAGCCUUACGACUCCUCCAAGUGGGCUGACUGGGUGUACACCUCCUCAGCACCACCACUGCCUGCAGGCAUUGCCCUCGUCCGAGCCCUGCAGUCCAGUGCAAGCAUGCGUGACGAUAAUGGGCUUGGGAAGGAGAGCCAUGGGGAAGACAGCCACGAGGAGGAGAGCAGGGAGGGUGGGGUGGGUGCGGGUGGGUUGAGUGUGGCGCUGGUGACGGGGCGGCCAGAGUCCCAGCGAGCUGCCACGGUGGAGAAUCUGAGGCGGGUCGGCGUGACACAAUGGAAGGUGCUCAUGAUGAGGCCCCUGGAUGCGAAUGGCAACGUGGUGCAGGAAACAGCAGUGCAGUUCAAGAGCCGGUGCAGGAGGGAGAUAGAGGCCAUGGGUAUGCGCAUUGCUGGUAGCGUGGGUGACCAGUGGAGCGACAUCACAGGAGAUGCCACUGGCGAUGGCACCUUCAAGCUGCCCAAUCCUUUUUAUUUUGUGCCAUAG